AUUAUAUUAAUUUUAUGUGAGUGUGUUUAAAUCUAUAUUUUAAAUUUUACUGUGUUUUCAAGAAAUUAUUAUUGUGUUAUUUAUUAAGAAGGAAAUUUUGAUUUAAUCAACACGACAAUUGGUUUAAUAUAAUGAAAGUUGAUGUUUUUACCGAUGAAUCUUAUCAUAUGAAUCAUAUGCACUGAUAAGAUAAAACUUGAUAAAACGACUUAAUUGUCAAAAAGAAGUGACAUCAUUACAAUGGCAAUUGCAAGACUUAAAAGUUUUCUUGAUACUAGUAUCAAAAGUGUUACGACUCCAUUGGAUCGUACUGCUAAUUUGGAGCCAGAGAUUGGAUUGAGGAUUAUUUAUUCACCAAAUCAAAAAACAAUCAGUGUUACAGUUCUAGGAGCUCGUCAUUUACCACAGAAUUUUGGAUUUACUAGAGUAAACAGUUAUGUUGUCAAGGUGAAAUUUUUCCCUCACAAAGAAAAAUUUGAAACGACAGCAAAAAAUGAAUCAUGGCCUCAAUGGAACGAGGAAUUUAUUUUUAAUUUAUGCAAGGAAACAAAAAUGAAAUUUGGAAAAUCAAAAUUAACUGAAGACGUGCUGGAUGGUUCGAAAUUAAUAAUAGCUACUUUGUAUGCAAUAUUAGAAGACAAACCAUUGAUAGCAACAGAAAAGAAGGAAGCAGACAAGGAAAAUACAAAAAGUGAGAACUCAAAGAAGGAUGGGAAAAAAAGAGAAUCUACAGUAGCUUCAGGAAGUCAAGAAUCAAAGUCUCAUAAGUUUUUGAAUCAAUUUUUUAAUAAGAGUCAAGAUAAAGAUAAGGAUAUUUUAGUAGAAAAGAAAACUCUUGAUAAAAGAAGAACAGUAGGUGCAAUGACUAUUUCUUUGGACCCGAAGAAUUUUGUUACCAAGCCAUCAAGACCUAAACAUGCUGAUGAUGUUUCGACAGGAGAUGUUUGGAAACCUCUUAAGCCAAUUGCUAGUGGAAUAUCAGGAGCAGAAGAAAGGAGAGAAAAUAAAAAAGGACAAGUGGAAAUGAUACUAGUGCAAGAGAAAAGUGACAAAAAAGAUAUCAGUGAUGGAAGAUUAAUUUUAAGUUUAUCACGAUUAAAAUGUUCUCUACAAACCAUGCAUGAACAUGAAGCAUUGAAGGGCCAAAUGUAUAUCAAAAUGUCUGUGGUAGAUAAUGGAAGAGUAACCCAUUUUUGGAAAAGUGAUCGAUUUAAUCCUUCUGUCACUAUGAAAUUUGCUGAAGACCAGGCCCAAGUGAUUGCUGAAAACCCUUAUGAGGGAGCUCUUAAGGAUGUUAGUUUUGUGGUGAAAUUUGUCUCCAAAAAUAAAAUGGGAAAAAAAACAACUGUCGGUCACUUCGUUAUUGGUCCAGAUGUAGGUGGAACUUAUAGUGAACAAUGGAAACAAGCAGUAGCAAAACCAGGACAAAGAAUCACAAAAUGGCAAGCUUUUGAAUAGCUUGAUAUGAGUAUCAAAACGAAGAUUUUUAUUUUAUGAGUCUGAUGAUAAUACCGUCCGAUAUUAAAACUUUUUGAAAAAUGUAUCAGUUAACAUUUUAACUGGAAUUUAUAUUUUUAUAUUAUUAACAUAAUUUUUUUAAUUAUAGAAUAAUCACUAUUUGAGUCUUUAGAAAUUAAAAA